AUGGCCACUGUCGUUCAAACCUCCGAGGAAGAUGCGGCGCUCACCGUCGUCCGUUUUGCCUCUGAGCUUGCUUGGGCCGACGCCGGUCCCGAGACUGCUGAGCCACAAGUUAAUAGACUCUGCGUUGAAGCCCAAGAAUGUAUGGUUAUGGGAAGAUGGUUGGAUUUGGCAUCUCUAAUGCUUACAUCUGCUGACUUGAUAUUUUCAAAAGUGUCUGAAAAAGAUCUCGAGUGUGUGUUCACCAUUAUCUGUAAUCUUGUCACAAAAUCUGGAAGUCCAGAUGAAUCACUUGAAAUGGCAAAGCUUAUAUCUGCUAAGAUCAGCCAACAACCAAAUGACAAACCUGCACUGCGUUUAAAGAUCUUGUUCAAUCUGUACAACCUGCUUGAGAACCACCCAUAUAGCCGGUUCCAUGUUUACAUGAAGGCCUUGGAUUUAGCUUUUAAGGGGAAGGCCCCGGAACAUAUACUUCCAUCAUUGAAAAAGAUCGAGAGUUUCUUGAGAGAGUGGAAUAUUGGGAUUGUAGAGCAGAGAGAGCUUUUCCUCGCCAUUGCUAAUGUUUUGAAAGAAAGUAAGAGUUCUGCAAAUGAUUAUUUCAAGUUCCUUACCAAAUAUUUGGUCACUUUCUCGGGUGAAGAUGCACAUACCUUGAAUGAAGCAAAGGAAGAAGCUGUUCAUGCAAUUGUUGAAUUUGUGAAGGCACCUAACAUGUUUAAGUGUGAUUUGUUAGACAUGCCUGCUGUAGGACAACUGGAGAAGGAUGCCAAAUAUUCAUUGGUUUAUCAGCUUCUGAAGAUUUUUUUGACUCAGAGAUUGGAUACUUAUUUGGAAUUUCAAGCUGCAAAUUCUACUCUAUUGAAAAGCUAUGGUCUCGUCCAUGAAGAUUGCAUCGCGAAGAUGAGGUUAUUGUCAUUGCUGGAUCUUGGCUCAAAUGAAUCUGCCCGCAUUCCAUAUGCUCUCAUUAAGGACACACUUAGGAUCAAUGAUGAUGAGGUGGAACUGUGGGUCGUGAAGGCCAUUACUUCCAAAUUGAUGGACUGCAAAAUGGACCAGAUGAAUGAAGUUGUGAUUGUAAGCCGCUGUACUGACCGUGUAUUUGGGCAGCAUCAGUGGGAAACACUUAGGACAAAGCUAGCCACAUGGAGGGGGAAUAUUGCGAAUGUCAUUGGCACCAUUCGAGCAAACAAAAUAGUCGAAGAUGGAUCACAGGCUAUGCAAGGUUUGGCAAUUCGUUGAAGAGUGGAUUUUUGUUGAUCUGUAAGUUAAGUCUCACCUACCUUUCUGGAUAAAAUUCUAGGAUGUCUCAUGUUCUACUCAAUCCUCUAAAUUUGUUCAAAUUUUGACAUGGGGAACCACAUUCGAAUUGGAGUAGUUGGUUAUAUUAAUGGAUUGUUGUACCAUCGUCUACACUCCUAGGCCUUUGAAUCGGCUCUCUGAUCUUUAUUUCUUUGAGUAGUGCUAUUUUUUUUUACCCUUUAGAUUCAA